AUGGACAACGAAUUCUACAACUUUGAAGACGGUGAGGAUGAAAUUUUAAACAGAGUAAUGGAUAGAUGGGAGCAGAUGGGAGGUAGUGCGGUCAGUGGCCCUUUAUUCAAGUUUAAAAUGGUACCUGUUGGUAAAAGAAGAACAUGGCGCAAUGUGGUGCAACGAGAAAAUUUUAACGCUCAAUUAAUGCAAUUGCGCGAAGCAGUAGCAGGGGACAACAUCGGCUUAGCCUUGACGGAAGCCCUGCAUGAUGCAAUAGCAAAUGAACUGCAAAGACAAAACAGACCAAAUCAUCAUUGGGUAAACAUUGCAAUCACAGCAAAUGGAUUUCAACACGCCUAUCAAACGGUUAAUUUUACUGUCGGUGAGUUUUUUAACAGGACCGCUCGCCUUGAUGAAAUGCUCCAAAAAUUGGCGGCAAAACUCAAUUCAAACGAGUCUUUUCACCCUAGUGAGGGUUUUCAAGUGGAUGUGGUACUUGUGCGAAUGCCAGGUCAAGGGAAAGGUCAUGGAAAAAAACACAAUGCAGGACAAAGGUGUAUGGACAGAGAAAACAAAAAGAAAAAAAGUAUCAUCACGAUACAUAACGAUGACAAUCUCUGUUGCGCACGUGCCAUAGUAACAAUGCGUGCGCAUUGUCACAAAAACGAUGGUGUGGACGGGCACAGAAAUUGGGAGAAUUUAAAGCGUGGCUUGCCUGUGCAAGAGAAACUGGCAAAAGAACUGCAUCAACAAGCCGGAGUUCCCGAAGGUCCGUGUGGCCUAGAAGAGCUCCAAAAAUUUCAAGCAGCAUUGGGCUCAGAUUAUCAAUUAUGCGUUAUGACACGCAUGAAACCCUUCUUUCUCAUCUUCAAGGGACCUCCUGCACCCGAUAAAAUAAUUCUGUUAAAGUCUGAUGAACAUUUUGACGGCUGCACGUCGAUCCCCGCGUUUACAAACAAGUCGUAUUACUGUCUUCAGUGUGAAAAGGGUUUCAAUACGGACGAUAAGGCCCACCAUCCCUGUAAAGCAAGAAGGUGCACGGCUUGUAGCCGAUUUGACUGCCAGGACUAUGUUCCAGGCACGCAGCCUGAGGAUCACUGCACUCAAUGCAACAGUAAGUUUUUUGGUCAACAUUGUAAGCAGCACCAUUUUACAACCAACCAGUGUCAAACCCACAAAACCUGCCUUCAUUGUCAAGCUCAGUACAUGGUGGUAAAAGGAAAAAGGCACCGCUGCGGCUACGCCAAAUGUCCUGUUUGCACAAAGUACGUAUUUAUUCAAGACCACAAAUGUUACAUUCAGCCCGUCGUGGAGGAGGGGGAAGGUUGCAUGGUGGCGCCACCCCCUCCGCUUUUCAUCUAUGCUGAUUUUGAGGCCAUGACAAAUGCAGAGGGCAUAUUUAUCCCUAAUUUGCUCUGUUAUUCAUCGAGCGAUGAAGAAGAAAUACAUGUCUUGCAAGGUGCAGAUUGUACUCUAAACUUUCUGCUUGAUUUAGAUGAUCUGACCGAGGUGCCGGACAGCAACCAAAAGCGUCAAAUAAUUGUGGUAUUCCACAAUUUAAAGGGGUUCGACGGAAUGUUUCUAAUAAGCGAACUCUACGGACAACAACGUGAAGCUAUCAAUCAAUUGACUGUCGGCGCCAAAGUGCUGUCCUUUACAAGCGGUCCGCUCAAAUUUAUUGACAGUUUAUGUUUUUUACCAAUGCCACUAGCAUCUUUUCCAUCUACAUUUAAUCUAACGGAAUUGAAGAAGGGAUUCUUCCCCCAUCUUUUCAACAUCCCGGAUAACCAACAGUACGUGGGCAGAAUACCCGAUUUGCAGUUUUAUGAUCCGGAUGGAAUGAUGUCUUCCAAGAAAGAAGAACUGCUCCAAUGGCAUGCCGAACAGGUCCAUAGAAACGUUGUUUUUGAUUUUAACAAAGAAAUGAUCGAGUACUGCAAGUCUGAUGUCGCCCUGUUAAAAGCAGGCUGCCAAAAGUUUCAAGAAGAAUUUGAAAGCCAAGCCGGCUUCAAUCCGAUGACGAAGUGCUUUACAAUUGCAGGCGCAUGUAACAUGUAUUGGAGAAAAAAUCAUUUAAAAGAAAACACCAUCGCGGUUGAACCAGUACGUGGGUGGCGUGGUGCAAAUAUAAAUAGUUCUCUGAAAGCCUUGCAAUGGUUGUAUUGGAAUGAACACAACAUUGCCAAACAGGGCGCAAGUGCCGACCGAAUACGCCACGUUCGCAAUGGCGGCGAACAGUCCAUCCACACCUCCAACAAAAGGUACUUCGUAGACGGAUACGACCCAAUUACAAAGACAUGUUACGAGUUCAACGGAUGCCUGUUUCAUGGAUGUCUCACCUGUUACCCAAACAGAGACAUAAAACAUUAUGUCACCCCUGACAGAACCGUUGAGGAGUUGUAUCAAGCAACACUGACCAAACGUAUAGCACUGCUCAAAGCAGGAUACAGAGUUAAUGAAAUAUGGGAAUGUCAGUGGGACCAACUGGUGAAGACAGAUCAGGCAGUCAAUCGUUUUCUGAGUUCCUUCGAUCUCGUCCCACCCCUUCAACCACGCGACGCCUUUUUUGGAGGGCGGACUGGAGCCGUUGCUCUACAUGCGGUGGCAGGUGAGGGGGAGGAGAUACGCUAUGUCGAUAUCACCUCCCUCUACCCCUGGGUGAACAAAAAUUGUCAAUAUCCCAUAGGUCAUCCGCAAAUAAUAACUCAGCCAAGAGAUCAGUCUAUCAGAUCGUAUUUUGGUCUGGCCACCGUGGACAUUCUUCCUCCCGCUGGCUUGUAUCAUCCAGUAUUACCUUUGUGCUGUGGUGGAAAGCUUACCUUUGCUCUCUGCCGGUCCUGUGUGGAAGAGGAGCAAGCAAAACCUUUGUUGCAAAGGACGCACUACUGCGUUCACUCAGACGCCGAUCGGAUGCUACGGGGUACAUGGUGUACCCCUGAGCUCAUUAAAGCCAUAGAGAAAGGCUACACCCUGGUCAAGAUCCAUGAAGUCUGGAAUUUCUUACCUCAGCAAUGACAAACUGGCCUCUUCAGAGACUAUGUCGAUACAUGGUUAAAAAUGAAGCAGGAAUCGUCAGGGUGGCCAAGUUGGUGCGAGACCUUGGAGCAAAAGAGGGAGUACAUUCUCCGUUACCAGGAGUGUGAGGGGAUACGAUUAGACAUCAGCAAGAUUGCCAAAAACCCCGGCAGAAAAGCCACAGCCAAGCUCAUGCUUAAUUGGUACUUGUUUCAUGUUGCAUUUUUUUUUUCAUGCUGUCAUGCCACCCCUUCUCAUUCUUAUUUCUUUUUAUUUCUUGCAGCCUUUGGGGAAAAUUUGGCGAACGUCAAAACAAAGCCACCACAGUAACAGUCAAAGAACCCUCUCAUUUGUUCACCUUACUAUCUGAUACUACCAAAGAGAUAAGCACCCUUAGAUUGUGUACUGACGACGUGUUGGAGGCCGUCUAUACUUCCGUGCAAGAAAAUGCGGCUAAGGGGAAAAAAACAAACAUAUUUGUCGCAGCGUUCACAACUUCCUACGCACGUCUAAAGUUAUAUGACUCUCUCGACUUACUACAAAAGCAAGUCUUAUACUAUGACACGGACAGUGUGAUAUACAAAUGGGCACCUGGUCAACCUUCCAUCCCCACAGGAGAUUUUUUAGGCCAAAUGAAAGACGAGUUAGACGGCGAUGUGAUAACGGAAUUUUGUUCCGCAGGAGCCAAGAAUUACGCUUAUAAGACACACGCUGGAAAGGGAGAGUGUAAAGUCAAAGGAUUUACCCUCAAUGUCCGCGGAUCAGCUGUGAUCAACUUUGAAACGAUGAAAACAAACAUUUUGGCCGAAUUACAAAAUCCAUUGCAAUACCGCCGCACCACUGAUGUACUAACACCGUAUUUUUUUCAUCGAGAUGUUGAAAACAAAAAAAUUCGGGUUGUUCCACGUGUCAAAAAAUAUAGUCUAGUUUUUGAUAAGCGAGUACUAAAUACCAAUGCAUUAAGUUAUCCUUACGGUUAUAGAAGAAUUGGGGAGGAAGUAGAACUCUUAUUAGAUUUGUAA